AAGCGAACAUACAGGAUAGCGUACAAGCUUUCGGACCAUGAUGAAUGCGCCUUCCUCCUUGAAAUGGCUGGGCGCAAGGAUUUAUUUGAUUUCGAACAACUGUACCUUUCUCUGAGUCAACAUUACAAUCCCUGA